ACAGGCGUCCGCCACGACCAAGGGUAUUGCGGACCAACACGCGCCCAUUCAAGGCAAUCGAAAGGCAUCAUAAAGAGGGGUAUGCAGGCCGGAAUGUUCCAAGGACGGCAUGUCGUUGAAAUCAUCGAAGCAUCAACCCCAGCUCCAUGCACCGUACGCAAUGGCGGAUUUCGACGAUGACUGCGCCUGGCCGCGCCGGCUACUGCAUGUACCGUCCAUGACAUCAAUGCAGUGGUCGCCUGGCAAUUAUUAUGGAAACGAUCUCGCGCCCAGAUACAUCGCUAUCUCGUACACCUGGGGUAGAUGGCGAUUGAAGAGUGCGACACAACAUCCAGACGUGAAAGGACUCCCGGUCAAAGGCGUUACCUGGGAAAUGCCACGAGUAGACCCAGAUCAUUUCACGAUGGGUGAAAUGGAGAAUCUGUUGAUAUCAGCUUUGAAACUCUCAACGGAGGUUAGAGCCUUUGAUAAUCCUGGCGAACCGGUCCCUCAAAUCCACCACGUCUGGCUGGAUGUUGCUUGCAUAGACCAGACACGAGGAUCGACAGAAAUGGCUUUGGAGGUUGGCCGCCAAGCGAAAAUAUUCAAGGGCGCCACGCAUACUUUUGCGUGGUUGACAACGCUUUCCCGUCAGGGAUAUCUAUCACAAACUGAGCGGCUCCAACAACAGGCCAAAUUAUUACGAGCUGAGGCAAAAAGUGGCAUUGAGCGAGUUCAACGCGGUUUAGAAGGCACUAGGCAAGAGAUCGAACUUCUGAGCCUCGACCCAUGGUUCUCGUCUCUCUGGACGUUGCAAGAAGCAUAUCUCUGUCCUCAGUCGGUGUUUAUUUCCAGACAGGGGGAGCUCAUGAGCCCGUCUGAGAUUGACAACCCUGCCGAACGUCCUAUGUUGCUUAGCGACUUCAUCGACUACUGUGACCACAUGAUGACCAUAGUGACCUCACACGAGAAAAAGCCGCAGACCAUCGACCCAAACGACAAGUACCUGUUAGCAUUAAAGCACGCAAUCGAGCGCAGCGGUAUGAUCGGGCUCCGAUCAAGUCUCCCAGUCACCCUCCUUGGGGCCGCUCGCCAUAGGACCACGACUCGCGCCACGGAUCGUGUGUAUGGAAUCAUGCAGAUCUUUGGAUUUCAGUUGGGAAAGUCGAGACCGGGCUGUGACCCGCACGUUGAGUUUUCGCUUCCAGAACUGGAGGAUGAGCUGGGUCGAGAGCUGCUGAUCCGGGAACCUAUUAUGAGCCAGAUGCAUAUCUUCGAGGUUCCUCCUCAAGCUGGGAAGAGAUGGAGAAUCUCUCCAGACUCUCAGCCUACAAGACGUCUUAAUUAUGGCGAAGGCAAGGCAGUCUUUGAUGACAUGUCGGUAAAGGCAGAGCUCUCCACCGUUGCUCUCAAAGAAGUUAACUGGGGGCACUUCAGCGGCAAACUCUGCAAAUUUAGCACGCUGGUCGAAAUUUGGAAUUCCAAAGUAGGCUGGACCGGCGGAAACAUUGACCUGGAUGGUCCGGAACAAUGGACCGCUGUUCAUGGGCCUGAACUUGCACGCAAAGAAGCGAUUGCUUUCAGUCAGCAGCACCCAAACGCAGUUCUCUUACUUCUGGGACUCAGAGAGAUUAAAGCACCUCCUCCCGAUUGGAGCAUGCCAGUAGGUCUUUUGCUGGUUCCCUUCAGUGGCCAACCCGGGAUCUCUGAGACUUCGAAUGUUUGGCUACGGGCUGGUAUCUGUCAAUGGUGGACAAGCACCGAUCCGGAUCAUAGUCCUGAAGUAGUGGGAACCUUGCAAGGUGAGUCGGAAGAAUGGAUUUUGAGCGCUGGCGCUUUUGGAUAAUCAGAUAUGAAAGGAGGGUGCGCAAUCUAAAUGACGAAAAGAGAUGACUUCUCAAAAUCGACCUUGAUACGUGACUGGAUCCGUAUCGAAGAUGGAUGUUCCAUGAGCACAUGU